AUGCACGAACCUACACCUAAAAAUGCAAGAUCUACUAAAACAAGAAGUAUGUUACAAAUCGACGAUGUUGAGGUAAAACCAAGUACUACACUCAAAGGUAUAUCAAGAACCCAAUCUCACUUCUUAGUUGCCUCCGAAAAGCUGGAUAGAGUGACAAGGAGGGUGAUUGCCCCAUACGCUCAAAUAGAAAGAAAAGGUCAAAAGGAGGAGGAAGAAAAGCCAGGGAUUUAUCUGGAUAUAAAUAGGUUCAAUGUAUUUUUAGAAGAUACAGUAGAUUUAGAUACUCUUUUGUACGAAACUGCUGCAGUACUGAAAACUGUAACGGAUAGUUCUGGCGUUUUUGUUUAUAUUGUGGACAAACUGAGGAAUGAAAUAGUAUUAAUGCAACCUAAUACAAAAAGUCCUGACCGACAUACAAUAAAUAUACCAAUCGAGGAAGGAAAAAUAGCAGCAGCACAUGUUGCGAGUACCAAGGAGUAUCUGCUUUUGAGUGACGUGCAAAGAGACAGGCGAUUUGCCGAAGGUUUGAAGUGGGUUGAUGCGAAGGUAGCUCUUUGCAUGCCAGUGGUGAAACCUGAUGGGGAGUGCUACGCUGUACUCGAGUUGUACAGGACUUAUGCGAAGGCUUACGAUGAAAACGUAGUUUACACAGUGAUAAGCGUGGUUUGCUGGGCUGGGGCAGCCGUUCACCAAGCGCAAGCGAGAGUGACCUUACAGAAGACCUCUCAUCUCAACAACGAGCUCCGAGCAUUGCUGCAAAACUACUUUUGUGAUUUGGCAUCCAUUGAUACUAUGCUAACUGAUAUGUUGGCUGUUGUGAAAUCAUUUAUUGGCGCCAUGCGAAGCAGUUUCUACGUAAUAGACAAGGAGAAUAUCACCGGUCAGAUUUUCGCUGAUAUGUGGGACGAUGGGUGGGCAGGAGAGAAAACUACCAUGCCGAGGAAAAGGACGAAGGUUAAUCUGACCAUGGAACAAACUCCAGCCGGCUUGGUGGCUAGAACAGGGGAGUCGUUAAAUGUCUAUGACGCGUACAAGGACUCGAGGUUUGCCAACGAGAUUGACCCUACAACGGGAACUGUUGUUAGAUCAUGCCUUGUGUCUCCAAUCUUGGAUAAAGGCGGAGUUAUGGGUGUCGUACAAUUGACAAAUAAAAUAAACGCCCAACCGUUCAACCCUGAGGAUGAGUUGAUAUUCUCCGUGUUCGUCAGCUACUGUUCACUCAUCGUACACUUCUACAAUAUGGAGCAGAAGAAGAUAUAUCACCAUAAUCUGAACAGAGUCUUCUCUGAACUGAUGAGCUUACACUUGAAGCCAUGCAAACACGAAUUCGAAGAGGUGAUGGAAACCAAUGGAAUAAUUGUUCCACCGGCCAACUUUGACAGCUACAAUUACCACAUAAGCGAAGGCAGUCGGGAAGACAUGUCGGCUCUGGUCUGUUACAUGUUCAAUGUAACCUUGGAGAAACUCAACUUAGACCGGGAAGUUAUGUCAGAUUUUGUGCUUACCAUAUUGGGGUGUUAUAGGAACAACCCCUACCACAACGCGGAGCACGCCUUCUGCUUCACUCACACGAUGUACUUGAUACUUGUUAAUAAUCGAGAGUAUUUUGAUUCUAAUGAGAUUAUAGCUCUUAUGCUGGCCGGUCUGUGUCAUGAUAUAGACCAUCCAGGCUUUAACAACAACUUUUUAGCACUCUGCAAGCAUCCCCUUGCCAAGAUGUACCGGACCUCCAUGCUCGAAUAUCAUCACUACUUCCUCGCUAAGAAAAUAAUAGAGGAUAAAAAAAUAUUGAACAAGUUACCAGAAGCCGACCAGCUACGAAUUAUGGAGGAGAUCAAAUUCAACAUCCUUUGCACAGACCUGGCAGUGUACUUCCAGAUUCGCGCUCAGCUCACGCCUCUGCUCGCCGAUAACCUCUUUAAUUGGCAGGACAGUUCACAUCGAAAGAUGCUUAAGGGGAUAUUAAUGACAACGAGUGAUUUGUCCGGGUGUUGCAAGCCAUUCGGUGUUGCGAAAGCCAUAGCUGAAUCUGUAUAUGAAGAAUUCUACGAUCAGGGUGACAGAGAACGUGCCAUGGGUUACACUCCCCUCAGCAUGAUGGACCGUCGCCGCUGCAUCAACCAGCCGGCGGAACAGAUUCAGUUCCUAUCAGUCGUGGUACUGCCCUGCCUGUUGGUGCUGCAGACCAUUUUUCCUAAUACCAGCAUACUUACUGACAACUGCAGGAAAACCCAAGAAUCAUGGCAUGAAGAGAUAGAAAUCAGGGGACAGAAGCUGUGGCGCCAAGAGCUUUCAAUGCCGAACUCAAAGAAAAACAUGGUGUUAAAAAAUGACGAGGAGAAGUCAUGA